GACGGCGGGAGGAGGCGCAGCCAAUGGGAGUGGCUCCGGGCGGGGCGCGGAGCUCGAACCGCGCUCGGUGCCGCGUGCGGAGAGAACCGCGAUGGCGUCGCGGUGGGCGCUGCGGUUGGCGCUCCUCUUGGGGACCGUGGGCGGCCUGGCGAGCGGACUCCAUUCCCUGCGUUAUUUCCGCAUUGCGGUGACCAAAUCCAGUUCGGGGGUCCCCGAAUUUGUGUCCGUCGGGUACGUGGACGGGAGCCUCAUCUCACGAUACGACAGCGAGAGCAGAAGGGUGAUGCCUCGAGCGGAUUGGAUGAAGGCCAAUCUCGAUCAGAAUUAUUGGGAUACCCAAUCCGAGAUCGGACAGGGAAACCAAGAGAUUUACCGCACGAACCUGGACACGCUGCGACAACGCUACAACCAGACUGGGGGGGUUCACACCAUUCAGGUCAUGCACGGCUGUGAUCUCCUGGAGGACAACAGCACCAAAGGAUAUUAUCAGGUCGCCUACGACGGAAAAGACUUUAUCUCUUUGGAUAUGGAGAAGAAAAAGUUUAUCGCGGCCGACGUAGGGGCGAUCGACACCAAAAUCAAGUGGGAGAAGGACGAUAUGGUCGCCGAUCGGCGGAAAAACUACGUGGAGAACAUCUGUAUCCCAUGGUUGAAGAAUUACGUGGAAUACGGAAAAGAGGUUCUGGAGAGGAAAGAGCUGCCCACGGUCCGAGUGUCGGGAAGGAAGAGCGGAAGGUUCCUGACGUUGCGUUGCCGCGUUUACGGUUUCUACCCGCGCCUCAUCUCCGUUAAUUGGUUAAAAGAUAACGAGGUGAGGGAUCAGGACACCAUGUGGAGCAGCAUCGCGCCCAACAGCGACGGAACCUUCUACACCGCCGCCGCCAUCGACAUCCACCCGGAGGAGAGGGAGAAAUACCGGUGCCGCGUGGACCAUUCCAGCCUUUCCGAGCCCGGCCUCUACGCGUGGGAUGAACCUCCGGAGAGAGACGCCAACAACGUCGUCAUCAUCGCCGUGGCCGUGGUUGUUGCCAUCUUGCUUUUCACUGCCGCCAUCAUUGGCGUUGCCGUUUGGAAGUUGAAGCCAGGGAAGCAGAAGGAUUACGUCAUGGCGUCGAGCACCGACACGGGGAUCGGCAGCGCCGGGUCAGGAAGCAAAGCCUGAGCGUUGGGAGAGGAGCUGGCGGAUGCGUCUCCAACCUUCGCCGCAAGCAGAGGACCUCGUGGAAUCUUGGGAGCCGCUUACGGAGAGAGAGAUUGUGCCGCAACGGCUGUGAAUUCCUUCAUUUUGGGUCUUUCUUUAAUCGCCUCCUGUACUUCAUUCGAUUCCUGCGAUUAUUCCGUUAAGUAUUGAGAUCGGAACUCUUCUAUAUUUACACAUAUCCUACGUGUCCACAAUAAACACUCGUUCCUCUCG